AUGGAAUCCAAGAAGCCAACAACCCAUUAUCCUCCUCCAUCAACACAAUCAGAAGAAGAAGAAUCAGAAAAAGGACAAGAUGAAGAAUCUCGAGAAGGUGAAGAAGGGUCAGAAGAAGAAUCAAAAUCAGAACAUAAGGAAGAAUCAGAGGAAGAAGAAAGAUCAGAAGGAGAAGAAUUUGAAGUUGAAGAAAAUAUACAUGAAUCACCAACUCAACUUGACCAAAUGUUCAGUGCUCAAAAGGAAAUCAUCACUCCAUAUCAAUCUUCCUCAGAUUCUGGUGAAGAGGAGGAUAAGGAAGGAGGAGAUGAUGAAGAGUUAGAAAUUUCCACACAUUCUCCUACAUCGGAUUUUAUGAUAAAGUUGAUUCCUCCAACCAAAUUCACAUCAAAAGGCUCAAGUUCCACCUCAAAACGCCCUUUGGAAGACCAGGGAGAUGAUCAAAAGCAUUUGAGAAGUGAGAAGAAGGCCAAAGGUAAAGCUGACGAACCGAACAAACAGGAGCCAUCUGCCAUUUCAGCCGCUAUUGGUGAAGGUGCUGGUACGAAGUGGAGCGAUGACGACGUGAAGUGUCUUCUCCGAUCCAUCAUCAAGUUUAAGACUGAGAAAGGUCUAAAUCCUUCCACUAAUAUGAAUGCUUUCUGUAAGUAUGUUAAAGGGAAGUUUGGACGUGAGUUUUCUAGAAGUCAGAUUUAUGAGAAAAUUAGGAGGUUAAAAAGUAAAGGUUUCAAUUCUGUGGAGAAAUUUGAGAAAGGUGGGGAUUGCUUUGUUCAUUUCAACGCCAAUGAGCUUGAAAUAUUUAAACUCUCAAAAUCGAUUUGGGGUGCUGAAACUGGUGAUGGCACGGCUAUUGACAGAGCUAAUGAAACUGUGAAAAGCAUGGGUAAAGUUGUUAGUUUUGUGAAACAAGAUAAGAAAGAAGAAAAGAAGAAGAAGACGAAUGUGGUGAAAACAUUUUUUAGAGAUGAUGCUGAAGAUGAUUUUCAGUCGAAGUAUCCUUAUCUAACAAAAUCUUUUGAUGUUGAUUCAUGGAGCAUUAUGAUGAAUGCAGACAAAAUUGCAGGUCAAAGGAGUUUCUUGAAAGAGAACAUGAGUUUGAUUGGCCAUGCGAAAGCAAUGGAGCUGGAGGACAAGUGGAAGAAACUGCGCGAGGCAGAAGUAGAGCUUUUGUUGAAGAGGUCAGAAUUGAUGAAGGAGCAUUGUACCUUGGUGUUGGAAGUUUUUGAUACUUGCAACAGAAAGCUUUCUAAACCUUCUUCUGCUCAUGAUGGAGUUCCUGAUACUGCUGAAUUUGUUGAUGGAGAAGACGUUUACGAGAAUUCUGCAUAUAAUAUCUUGGGAGCAACUUUUGGUUAUUUGCAAAGAUUGAGAGAGAAUUAUGGGUGA